AGGAAGAGGAAGGAAAGUAAGUCAGGUGUGUUGCUGGGUGUGGACGAGGAUGAAUCCCAAACACAGUCAUUAUGUGAAGCUGAAUGAUGGCCACUACAUGCCAAGGCUUGGAUUUGGUACAUCUGCCCCUUCAAAAGUUCCCAAAAGUAAGGUUUUUGAGUACACCAAAGUGGCCAUUGAGGCUGGUUUCCGUCACAUUGAUUCAGCACACUUCUAUGAAAAUGAGGAGGAGAUUGGGGCGGCUGUUAGAGAGAAGAUUGCUGAUGGUACUGUGAAGAGAGAGGACAUAUUCUACACUACUAAGCUUUGGACUACAUUCCAUCGGCCAGAAAUGGUUCGACCAGCACUGGAAAUGUCAUUGAAGAAACUUCAAAUGGAUUAUGUUGAUCUUUUCAUUAUACAUAUUCCAGCUGCUAUGAAGCCUGGGAAUGAAUUUCUACCAAAGGAUGCCAAAGGGCAUGUUAUUGUAGAUCCAGUGGACCUCCGUGACACAUGGGAGGCUCUGGAGAAGUGCAAAGAUGCAGGAUUAACCAAGUCCAUUGGAGUGUCCAAUUUCAAUCGCAAGCAGCUGGAGCUGAUACUGAACAAGCCAGGGCUCAAGUACAAGCCUGUCUGCAACCAGGUGGAAUGCCAUUUUUAUUUCAACCAGAGCAAACUCUUGGAGUACUGCAAGUCCAAGGACAUUGUUCUUGUUGCUUUCAGUGCCUUGGGAUCACAAAGAGAUCCGACCUGGAUUGAUCAGAAUAGUCCAUAUCUCUUGGAAGACCCAGUCCUGAAUGCCAUUGCCAAGAAACGUAACCGAACACCAGCUCAGGUUUCUUUACGCUACCUUGUGCAGCGUGGGGUGGUGGUCCUGGCCAAAAGCUUCAAUGAGAAGAGAAUCAAAGAGAACACCCAGAUUUUCGAGUUUGAAUUGACUGCAGAGGACAUGAAAGAAUUGGAUGGCCUCCACAAAAAGUUAAUAAUAAAUUAUUAUUCCUUAUUCUCUUUCAGUUGCAUUACUCAUCCUGAAUAUCCAUUUGCUGAUGAAUACUGACCAUGAAUUAUGGAACAUGAGUACCAGAAUAUUUUCUUUCUUGAUGCUGUGCACAGAAGAUUUUGUUUUGGUAGAUAUGACUAGGAAAACAGUGUCUGUAUUCUCUGGUGGAUGACCUUGUCACACUAUGAAGUAAUCAAUAUUUUAAUACAAGGGUGUUUGUUUUCUCUAAGUAAUAAAGUAAUGCCCAAAAUUGUAGAAAGUUUUGAAAACAAAAAUGAAAGUACAGACAAUAAAAGUAAACAGUAAUCUCCUUAAAAAUAUUUAA